AUGGCCGAGGCGGGCGGCUUGCUGGCGGCGCUCGAGGCCGAGGCGCACGGCGCGGCGCCGCCGCUGCCCGCCCUGCCGCUGCCCGCCGACUCGCCCGGCUUCCUGGCCGAGCGCCUGGGGCAGAUCGAGGGCCGCCUGCAGCGCGGCUCGCCCACCGACUUCGCGCACCUCAAGGGCAUCCUGCGCCGCCGGCAGCUGUACUGCCGCACCGGCUUCCACCUCGAGAUCUUCCCCAACGGCACCGUGCACGGCACCCGACACGACCACAGCCGCUUCGGGAUCCUGGAGUUCAUCAGCCUGGCUGUGGGGCUCGUGAGCAUCCGUGGGGUUGACUCGGGGCUCUACCUGGGCAUGAACGAGCGAGGCGAGCUCUACGGGUCGAAGAAGCUCACGCGGGAGUGCGUCUUCCGGGAGCAGUUUGAGGAGAACUGGUACAACACGUACGCCUCGACGCUCUACAAGCACGCCGACUCGGAGCGCCACUACUACGUGGCCCUCAACAAGGACGGCUCGCCCCGCGAGGGCUACCGGACUAAGCGGCACCAGAAGUUCACCCACUUCUUGCCCAGGCCUGUGGACCCUGCAAAAACGCCCGCUGCCUACAGAGACCUCUUCCACUACAGGUGAUGCCCAGAUGGCCACACGGGGUGGCGCGAGGAUCCCCAUGGCUGGAUCCCUAUGGAUGGAUCACCCUGAUGGCCACCUGAGACGGAGAAGCCCUCCU